UCUUAGUUCUACACGAAAUCACAACAAAAGACUAAAAAGAAUUGGCAACUCUGUCUACUACAAAUAUAGCGUUUCUUAACAAAGCUUGAGGUUGUCAUGGUAACUGUCAACUAGACGAGGUUUUUAGUGUUUAUUUUUUGCUCACGUAAAAAAAGAAGUUGGAAAGAAGGCGUAAGAUGAUUAAGCACACAAUUUUCCCACUUCCUAAAUUAAGUUAAAAAAGAGCAAUAAAAAAUUCACAAGCUUAUAACAAAUUACAGCGUAAAUAUAAUAACAUAACACGAAAUGAGUUUAGUACGACUUUUGCGGCCGUGUUGUGUAAAUGUGCCAAAAGACCGGGAGACGUCCGUUAAUUCUCUUUAUCGAUUUUAACAAAUUAAAUUUUUUGUAAAAUUAAUAAUUUUUUUCAAAGUGCUAUUUUUUGUAUAUUGGAAGCAAUGGAAUACUUACAGCAAUUUUAUGAGAAAAUAUUUGGUGAUAGCAACGGCGAUUCGGGUUGGGGUGCCGGCACGCCGCGGAAAGUUGUGGCUUUUGGAAAUGUUUUAUUAGAUCGCACAGUGCAAAUCGCAGAUUUAGAUAUUCUCGAUCGUUUUCAACUAUCAAUGAACGCGAAAGGCGAACUGAGUGUGGAGACUUUGAAUUCACUAACAGCUGAGAUUUGCGAGAGUUCAAAUUGUAUUACAAAUCCUGGAGGUUCUUCCUUAAACACAGUACGCAUUUUGAAAAAAUUGGGCACAGAAGCACUCUUUUUUGGUGCCGUUGGCGAUGAUAAAUACGCAGAGGAGUUAAGGGACAGACUGCAAGAUUAUGAAAUUGAUGCCAGAAUUGAAACGAUCACAGAAACACCCACAGGCCAAUGCGUUUGUUUAGUAUACGAAGAUAAGACAGCGCUUUAUGCGAACAUAGGCGCUUCAGCAGGAUUCUCCAUAGAUCUACUAAAGCGUGCUGAGAAGGAUGAGAAUAAAAAAUUCCUACGCUCCAUCGAACGCAAGCAAAUUUUGUACAUAGAAGGUUUCUUUAUACCGAAGCGUGAGGAUGUCUGCGAGUACAUAGUCCCCAUUAGUAUUAUACAUUUGAAAAGUCAUCGUAACUUUGAUUUCACUUAG